GGUAAUUGGGCAGCAUAUCAUGGAAAAGGAUUAAUUUAGAAGCCUGACUGGCUCAGUCCAAACAGCACGCAACUCGUGUUCUCAGCUUCAUGAAUUCAAACCUCACAUUAGGUGUAGAGAUUACUUAAAUAAUUUUUUUUUAAUUAAAAAUAAAAAUAAAUAAAAACAUUUAGCAUUUCAUCUAAUAAUUUGUAGCAGAAAAAGUAAGGAUAAAACAAAUCCCAUGAAAUGAUGUAAAAAUAGUUUAGCAAGAUUAUUUGUGUACUUGUAUUUCUUUUUCUUACAGUGUUAGGUAGUAACAUAAAAGGAAAUAGCCGUUCUUAUUCAAAUUUUUACACCUUUAAACCCACCACACUGGAAGUCUAGAGUACAAAAAAUGUUUUAUAUAAUGUUUGACAAGUAUAAAUAUUGUCUUCUUCACUUCAGAAUUAUUCAGCAAGAACUACAGUAUUUAGUGGCCAAUAUAAAUCUUCUUAUUUACUCUUUUGAUUGGUAUUUUUUUUAGUUGGUUGUGUUGGUGUGUUUGCCCUCAAUAUUCAGGUUAAUUUCUGGCCCCUACAUGAAAGGCUUUUAAGUUAUUUCAGAAAUGUGCUGAUACAUUGAGAUUACAUUGUUACUCAUGACCACAAAGCCAAAUUUAGAAUAAAUCUUGGAAUCAGCCCUUGAACUUCUAAUCCAAUUAGCAUUGUACCUCUUUUCUAAAGACAUGUUCAGUUAAUACUGGCUGCAUGAAAUAAGUUGCUGACAUGAAAAGGUAAGCAUUUUUUAAAUGAAAUCCUCAAGACAAGCCACCAAAAAGUAUCAUGAUGCCUGGGCACCAGUUCACAUUUUUAAUAAACAUUAACAUAGUAGCACAUUCAGUAAACUCCUUAACAAGGUCUUUGUAAAUGUAGGAUCCCCUGCUGGAUAACUAUAACUAGCUUUUAUUUUGAUUUCUAGAGUGACAUAGUGGGAUAUAUAUGUGGAUACAUAUCUGAAUUGCAUUAAGAUAUUGUGGCUGGUAAAGCAAAAGAUCAGUUAUAUUACCCAGCCCUUAAAAUGGUUAAAAAGAUUAGCCAUGUUCUUUGCUGAAGCAGCCUGAGUGAGUUGAUGGAAUUAUCUUUUAAUUUGAAGCUUUUUAUCAUUAUAUUCCAAUUUUAUAUGCCAGUGUGAGCUCAAAGUUUUUCUGUUCAUUGUUGGAACCAGUACCAAGUGGGAAAAGGCUAUUUUAUGCCUCCUUAAUAAUUGAUUUUGGAAUAUCCAUGGAGUGUGCUCCAAAUAUGACUAUCUAAUAAAAUCAUACUUGUUAACCAUGUCCCAAAAUGUGAACCUCUUUGGUUCAUUAGAUUUUUUAGAGUGUUUGGAUUUGCAGACAUCUUCAGAAUUGGUUCAGAUUCUGUUUGAUUUGGGUAACUGGAUAUGUAUGUUUCAGAAAAACAUAAGGAAUAUCAACAAAAAUAAGGCUUUUUUACUUAUCCAUAACAGUCUUAUCAUUUUUCUAUCACUAAGAAAAUACAAUUUCCUUUCUAGUUAUUCCUUCUCGUUUUAUUUCUCCUUUAUGGAGAGAAAUUCAAACAGCAAGAAGACCUGUGCUCCAAGAAGUAUGCAAUGCCUCUGGGGCCAGAGAGUCUCUUGCUUCGUGGAGCCAGGUUAAAAAAUACAAAGGAAAUUUUUGGUGUUGCUAUAUACACUGGAAUGGAAACAAAGAUGGCAUUAAAUUACAAGAGCAAGUCACAGAAACGAUCUGCAGUAGAAAAGUCAAUGAAUACAUUUUUGAUAAUUUAUCUAAUAAUCCUUAUUUCUGAAGCCAUCAUCAGUACUAUCUUGAAAUAUACAUGGCAAGCUGAAGAAAAAUGGGAUGAACCUUGGUAUAACCAAAAAACAGAACAUCAAAGAAAUAGUAGUAAGAUUCUGAGAUUCAUUUCAGACUUCCUUGCCUUUUUGGUACUCUACAAUUUCAUCAUUCCAAUUUCAUUAUAUGUGACAGUCGAAAUGCAAAAAUUUCUUGGAUCAUUUUUUAUUGGCUGGGAUCUUGAUCUCUAUCAUGAAGAAUCAGACCAGAAAGCUCAAGUCAAUACUUCUGAUCUGAAUGAAGAGCUUGGACAGGUGGAAUAUGUGUUUACAGAUAAAACUGGCACAUUGACAGAAAAUGAGAUGCAGUUUCGGGAGUGUUCAAUUAAUGGCAUAAAAUACCAAGAAAUCAAUGGUAGACUUGUCUCUGAAGGACCAACACCAGACUCUUCAGAUGGAAACUUAUCCUAUCUUAAUAGUUUAUCCCAUCUUAACAACUUAUCCCAUCUUCCAACUAGUUCUUCUUUUAGGACCAGUCCUGAAAAUGAAACUGAACUAAUUAAAGAACAUGAUCUCUUCUUUAAAGCAGUCAGUCUCUGUCACACUGUACAGAUAAGCAACGUUCAGACUGAUGGCAUUGGUGAUGGUCCCUGGCAAUCCAACCUUGCACCCUCCCAGUUGGAGUACUAUGCAUCUUCACCAGAUGAAAAAGCUCUAGUGGAAGCUGCUGCAAGAAUUGGCAUUGUAUUUAUUGGCAAUUCUGAAGAAACUAUGGAAGUUAAAACACUUGGAAAACUGGAACGGUACAAACUGCUUCAUAUUCUCGAAUUUGACUCAGAUCGUAGGAGAAUGAGUGUGAUUGUUCAGGCACCUUCAGGUGAGAAGUUUUUAUUUGCUAAAGGAGCUGAAUCAUCAAUUCUUCCUAAUUGUGUAGGUGGAGAAAUAGAAAAAACCAGAAUUCAUGUAGAUGAAUUUGCUUUGAAAGGGCUAAGAACUCUGUGUAUGGCCUAUAAACAGUUGACAUCUAAAGAGUAUGAGGAAAUAGAUAGACGUCUCUUUGAAGCCAGAACUGCCUUGCAACAACGGGAAGAGAAAUUGGCAGAUGUCUUCCAGUUCAUAGAGAAAAAUCUGAUAUUACUUGGAGCUACAGCAGUGGAAGACAGGCUACAAGAUAGAGUUCGAGAAACUAUUGAGGGAUUAAGAAUGGCUGGUAUCAAAGUAUGGGUACUAACCGGAGAUAAACAUGAAACAGCUGUUAGUGUGAGUUUAUCAUGUGGACAUUUUCACAGAACCAUGAACAUCCUUGAACUUAUAAACCAGAAAUCAGACAGUCAAUGUGCUGAACAAUUGAGGCAGCUUGCCCGAAGAAUUAAAGAGGAUCAUGUGAUUCAGCAUGGGCUGGUGGUAGAUGGGACUAGCCUGUCUCUUGCACUCAGGGAGCAUGAAAAACUAUUUAUGGAAGUUUGCAGAAAUUGUUCAGCUGUACUGUGCUGUCGUAUGGCACCACUGCAAAAAGCAAAGGUAAUAAGACUGAUAAAAAUCUCACCUGAGAAACCUAUAACAUUGGCUGUUGGUGAUGGUGCUAAUGAUGUAAGCAUGAUACAAGAAGCACAUGUUGGCAUAGGAAUCAUGGGUAAAGAAGGAAGACAAGCUGCAAGAAACAGUGACUAUGCAAUAGCUAGAUUUAAAUUCCUCUCCAAAUUGCUUUUUGUUCAUGGUCAUUUUUAUUAUAUUAGAAUAGCUACCCUUGUACAGUAUUUUUUUUAUAAGAAUGUGUGCUUUAUCACACCCCAAUUUUUAUAUCAGUUCUACUGUUUGUUUUCUCAACAAACACUGUAUGACAGCGUGUACCUGACUUUAUACAAUAUUUGUUUUACUUCCCUACCUAUACUGAUAUAUAGUCUGUUGGAACAGCAUAUAGACCCUCACGUAUUACAGAACAAGCCUACCCUCUAUCGAGACAUUAGUAAAAACCGUCAACUAAGCAUUAAAACAUUUCUUUAUUGGACCAUCCUGGGUUUCAGUCAUGCCUUUAUUUUCUUUUUUGGAUCCUAUUUUCUAAUUGGAAAAGAUAUAUCUCUGCUUGGAAAUGGCCAGCUGUUGAAACCUAACCACCAAAUGAUGUUUGGAAACUGGACAUUUGGCACCUUGGUUUUCACAGUCAUGGUUAUUACAGUCACAGUCAAGAUGGCUUUGGAAACUCAUUUUUGGACCUGGAUCAACCAUCUUGUUACCUGGGGAUCUAUUAUAUUCUAUUUUGUAUUUUCUUUGUUUUAUGGAGGGAUUCUCUGGCCAUUUUUGGGCUCCCAGAAUAUGUACUUUGUAUUUAUUCAGCUCCUAUCAAGUGGUUCUGCUUGGUUUGCCAUAAUACUUAUGGUUGUUACAUGUCUACUACUUGAUAUUGUGAAGAAAGUAUUUGAACGACAGCUCCAUCCUACAAAUACUGAAAAGGCACAGCUUAUUAAAGCAAAUUCAAGUAUCAAGUGCUUGGACUCCAUGUGCUGUUUCUCAGAAGGAGAAACAGCGUGCGCAUCUGUUGGAAGAAUGCUGGAACGAGUAGUAGGAAGAUGUAGUCCGACCCAUGUCAGCAGAUCAUGGAGUGCAUCGGAUCCUUUCUAUACCAACGACAGGAGCAUCUUGACUCUCUCCACAAUGGACUCCUCUACUUGUUAAAGGGGCAGUAGUACUUUGUGGGAACCAUUUCAACUCCUUUCCUAAAAUUCAGUGUGAUCACCGUGAUAAUGGCCACACUAGUUCUGCAGAAUUACUUUCUGAAAUUUCAAAUAUUUCAUACUCAUUCAGAGUUAUAAUGGCAAAGAAAAAGCAUUAACACAAACCCCUUUCAGCUCCCCUAAUUUAAAUCUGAACAUGUCACAAUUCGUGAAACAGAUAUUUUCCAUCUCUUUGGGUUGUUCCUCGUGCUUAUGGGACUCCUAAUGGCAUUUCAGCCUCUUGCUAAGGCCACUAUAUUUUAAUAUCAAGGUAGAAAAGGGAGGUAAUUCCUAGUCAAUUGUAUUUUUUAGUAUUAGCUUGGUUAUUGAGUCUUCUAUUCAGAUCUGCUUCUGUAAAUUAUGCUGAAAAGUUUGCCUUGAAAACUCUAUUUUUUUAUUAGAGUUAUAUUUGAAGCUUUUCAUGCGAAAAGUUAAUGUGAAUAGAAAGGAAUUUUGGUCGCUCAGUGACCCAUGUUGUUAAUUCAUUAGUGCUUUCUAAGUUCACAGAGCAAAUUAGGAGAAUGCAUUUCCCACCAUUAUUUACUGCAUUAUGGGUAGUAACUAUAUACCAGUACCAAACUUCUCUAAAUACUGUAACACAACCAGUAAAAUUAACCACAUACAUGCAAAGGGUAUAUUAUAUAUAUAAAUCAGGAAUCAAGUCCAUUCACCAAAUUUCAAAUUGAUGUUUACUAUAUUUUUGUGACAGAAUACGAAGAACCUGUAGUGGGUAAAUUACAUACCAUUAGCAUAUUAUUUAAUGUGUUUAUCAUUGGAUCUUUUGCAUGCUUUAAUCUGGUUAAUAUAUUUAAAUUUGCUUUUUUUUCCCCUCUCUGAAGAAGGCUCUGUUUAUAGUAUUUUCUGACACUGUUGUAAAGUUCAACUAUAUCAAUAAAAAACAAGUUUGGACAGUA